AUGAGGUCAAACCUCUUAAAAAAACUUAUAACCAUUAUCUCUUUUUUAGAUAAAAGAAAAACAAAAUGAAUAAUAAAUGACGUCAGCAUUGACAAGGUAAGCACGUCGAGUCCCUCCAGAUGUCUGGUUCGGUAAUAGCUUCAGGAAUGAAACGCGGACCUCCAAUAAACAAACAAUGGCCAUUACCAAACUCUUCAUUCUCUCACACCAAUCAAAACAUCUCAUUUUCUCCUCUCUCUCUAUCUUCUUAGCUUUACUACCUUCUUUUUUUUCCUACCAAGAUCCUCCCAUGGAGGAACGAAUGAGAACAACAUUGAUUCCAAGACGAAGACAUAUCUGAAAAAGUAAACACACAAAACCAAACCAAUACAAACACAAAACAGACAAAAAGAGUUAACCAAAAAAUGUCGGUAGCACACGCAGAUGACGCCGACGAUUACAGCCGACCAACGGGAGAAACCUACCACGCGGAGAAAGCGUUACCGAGCGGAGACUUCUACACGGGCCAAUGGAGAGACAGCCUCCCUCACGGACACGGCAAAUAUCUCUGGACCGACGGUUGUAUGUACGUCGGAGAAUGGCACCGCGGCAAAACCAUGGGGAAAGGCCGUUUCAGCUGGCCUAGCGGCGCGACCUACGAGGGCGAUUUCAAGAACGGCUACAUGGACGGCAAAGGCACUUACAUCGACUCGUCCGGAGACUUGUACAGAGGAUCGUGGGUGAUGAACCUACGACACGGCCAAGGCACCAAAAGCUAUGUCAACGGAGACUGCUACGACGGAGAGUGGAGGAGAGGCUUGCAAGACGGGCACGGGAGGUACCAGUGGAAGAACGAGAAUCAUUACAUCGGCCAGUGGAAGAACGGGACGAUGAACGGUAACGGGACGAUGAUAUGGAGCAACGGGAACCGUUACGACGGGUCUUGGGAAGACUCUGCUCCUAAAGGAAACGGUACGUUCCGCUGGUCGGACGGGAGUUUCUACGUCGGGGUUUGGAGUAAAGAUCCUGAAGAACAGAACGGGACUUAUUACCCGACCACAGCUUCAGGGAACUUCGAGUGGCAACCGCAGCAAGUGUUCUGCGUUGAUUUGAGCGAGUGUGUGGUUUGUACUUGUCAGAGAAUCCCGGUUUUGCCGUCCCAGAAGAUGCCGGUUUGGUACGGUUCGUCCGAGAGUAGUAGCGGGAACAAGACUAAGAGUAGUGGCAGCAGCGAGAGGCCGAGGAGGAGAUCUGUUGACGGAAGGGUUAGUAAUGGUGAGAUGGAGUUGAGGAACAAUGGUUCUGGUUAUCUUCAGGUAGAUGAUACGGAGAGUAAUAGAUCAUCACCGUUAAGGCCUUUGAGAAUACAGCCUGCUAAGAAACAAGGUCAAACUAUCUCUAAAGGACAUAAGAACUAUGACCUCAUGCUUAACUUGCAGCUUGGGAUUAGACAUUCUGUUGGAAGACCAGCUCCGGCUACUUCUCUUGAUUUGAAGGCUUCGGCGUUUGAUCCAAAGGAAAAACUUUGGACUAAGUUUCCAUCUGAGGGAUCUAAGUACACUCCUCCACACCAGUCUGUUGAGUUCAAAUGGAAGGACUAUUGUCCUGUGGUUUUCAGGACUCUGCGGAAAUUGUUUAAUGUGGAUGCAGCAGACUAUAUGUUAUCGAUAUGUGGCAAUGAUGCUCUUAGGGAGCUAUCAUCUCCAGGGAAGAGUGGAAGUUUUUUCUACUUGACCAAUGAUGAUGGCUACAUGAUCAAGACCAUGAAGAAGGCAGAAACAAAGGUAAGUAUCAGAGUAAAGUUAAAAGCUGUUUAUCAAGAAACAUUCAUUUGUGUUUACUUGAAACAGGUUCUUAUAAGGAUGCUUCCAGCUUACUACAAUCAUGUAAGGGCAUGUGAAAACACUCUAGUUACCAAGUUUUUUGGUCUUCACUGCGUGAAAUUGACUGGCACUGCACAAAAGAAGGUUAGGUUUGUGAUAAUGGGGAAUCUCUUCUGUACUGGUCACUCCAUACAUAGGCGGUUCGACCUCAAAGGAUCAUCUCAUGGCCGUCUUACCACUAAACCAGAGUCUGAAAUAGAUCCAAACACAACGCUCAAAGAUCUUGAUCUAAAUUUCAUAUUCCGUUUGCAGAAGAACUGGUUUCAAGAAUUCUGCAGGCAAGUGGACAAAGACUGUGAGUUCCUUGAACAAGAGAGGAUCAUGGACUAUAGUCUCUUGGUUGGUCUUCACUUUCGGGAAGCAUCCAAGGACUCUGCCACUCCUACUUCCGGUGCUAGAACCCCUACCGGAAACCCUGAUAGUGGAAACCCUCGUCUCUCCCGAGCAGACAUGGACCGAUUUCUUCUUGAUGCCAGCAAGUUAGCAUCAAUAAAACUGGGUAUAAACAUGCCUGCAAGAGUUGAAAGGACAAUGAGAAGAAGUGACUGUGAGAAUCAGCUUGUUGGGGAACCAACUGGCGAAUUUUACGAUGUGAUUCUCUACUUUGGUGUUAUAGACAUUCUACAAGACUAUGAUAUAAGCAAAAAGCUUGAACAUGCAUACAAAUCAAUGCAGUAUGAUCCAACUUCGAUCUCAGCUGUUGAUCCAAAGCAAUAUUCUCGACGUUUCAAGGAUUUUAUCUUCAAGAUCUUCGCAGAGGACACUUGAGACCAAGCCAUCUAAUUAACUUGCACAUGCCCAACGCCCAACAAAGUUGAGGUUUUUCUUUUUGUUAGAAAUUCUUGUUUAUUUUUCUUUAUAGAAAUAUCUGUAAAUUUUAUUAUUUAACCAAAAUCCAUUGUAAUAGGGGAAAAUGAUUCUUUUUGUAACUAAAUUAAGUUCAAUACUCUGCCUUUUCUUUUUCUUUUUGAUACUCUUUGUAUUGUGUUUCUUUAUACGUGAAAGAAAGGAUGUGUACAGAUGUUGACAUGUAUUUCUUAUUAACUUAUCCCAUCCAAGUUUACAAUUCAUUUUUAUAGAAAAUGUUUCUAUCUUUUUCAGAUUAUUAUUUUUAAUUAGACGUGGUUAUUUAUGGUUUUCAAAUUGAUUUUUAAUAGUGAGAACAAGUUGACUAUAUGAGGUUUCUGAAUUCUGAUGAUGCACACACUCGACAGGCCAACCUCAAAGUCAAUGCUAAUGGUUUUCAAUUUUUCAAAGUAAUUAGUUUACAUAUGAUUUUAUACGUUUUGUUUAUUUAUUUAUUUAUUUAUUUCUUUAUUUACAUAGGACUUUACAAUUGUAUGUCAGUAUGAAACAAUCACGUCAGGAAAUAAGUUAAAAACAUCUGUUUAAUAGGUUGGUCCUAAGUUUGAGUCCAUGUAGAAACUAAGUUAUUACGAUUUAACUAGAUGAAGAAAGAGUCAUGUCUUAAGGCUUCAGUCAAAUAAUAAUAAAAAGAGUCAUGUCUUAGCCAUUGUUAAAAAACACUAAGAGGUUGAUUGUUUGUAGUUUUUAAAAUAGUUUUUGGUUUUGAAAAACUAUUUUAUUUUCCAAUGAAAAUUUUGCUAAAAAUGAUUUUUUUUUAAACUAGAAAAAUUAGUUUUUCAAAUAACUACCUAAUUUCACACAAAAACCAAAAUCUGUGUUUUUUUAGAUUUCUGGCAGUUUCCUACGAUGAUUUUUUUAUUAUGUUUUCUUAUUUAUCAUAU